CGAAAAAAAAAAACAAAAAAAAAAAAGAAAAUUUUUAGACAAUUUUGUAAAGAAAAAUGAUAGCGCCUUUUAUGCAAGGAUUUCUUUUACUCGGUAUCGUUUAUUGGUAUUCGAAGGGCAUUUUUAAUCUUAUCAACGACUAUUAUCGUACAGAGUUUAAUCGUCAAUUAAAAAGCGAACAAACAGAGAAGCCACCGGAUGGCAACUAUGAAACGCCAAUCAAUUAUCAAUUAGUUGAUAUAGAGGAUUUAUUAAGAAUUAAUGCUGCUAAUAUUAGCGAAACCAUGGAAGUUGUAACAAAUUUUGAACAAACCCUAAUAGAUAUUAAUCGCUUCUGCUUAAAACGUAAUGAUAUAGACGAAUUUUUAGAUAUCAUAUGGAAAGCUAGCGAUUUAUUCGAAACUAAGAAGCUAUCAACAUCGACAUGCUGGUCAAAUGAAAAUAACACCUGAUAUUAUUUUAGAGUGUUUUAUUUAAAAAAAUUUAAUAAUAUAUAUAAUUUGUUUUAAUUUAAAAAAAAAAAAAAAAAAAAACAACAACAGUGGAAAUAUUGGCUGUAAGUAUCGAACCUGCAUUCAUGAAUUCAUUUUAAUUACUCUAUAUGUUAAGCAACAACGUUAAAGGCUUGAUGUGUGUGCUGCUUAAGACUCCCGGUUCAAAUCACAGUUUUUUCUGUUAUUUUUUUUUUUUUUUUUUAGUGUAAAUUAAGAAGUUUAAAAAUAUUCUUCAAGAAAUUCAAGUGUAAGUUAUUUUUGAAGGGAGCAGUAAACUCUGUUGCCUUUGUGCAAAUUAACUUUACCAAUCAAGCUCCAUUAAUCUAUGUCAAUGAAAUAUUUGCCCUAGGUUUAAUUUCAAGAGAUGUUGUUGAAAUACUAUAUAUAAUAUUUUCGGAGAUAUUGAUUGAAUUUGAGUGCUAAAAAUCCCUAUCCUUUGGUUGAUUGUUGGUGGUUACUAUCGUUCUACAACUUGAAGACUUCUCCCCCUGGCUCUAUUGCGGGGAUCACACACCCGCCUCUACUGCAAGCCAACGUUAGAAGCUUUUCUUUAAAGCCAGAUUCCUCUCCUGCUUGUCUGUUAUGCUUGUUAUGUAUUAUGCUGUUAGUCCUUUGCGAUCAUGGUUUUCGAAGAGCAUUAUUCAAAAAAAAGUAAGGACACCUCUAUAUAUAUAUAUCUAUUUAUUUAUUGUUUGUAAAUAAAUUCACAAAAUAUGGAUUUAAAGGUUGCUGGAAAACUUAGCUCACGGGCUCGCCUAUAUUGAAAACUCUACCGCACUUGAGAUUUGAACCCGCGACCAAUGACUCGUUAGUCUAUGUGUAAGUAUAUACAUAUAUAUUUGUAUAUAUAUGUAUUUAUUUUUUUUUUUUAUAACUAUCUAUCAAUCAAAGGACGUCCUCUCCGUAGAGGUCAAGUCAAAGAUUUCACUACCAGAUCUCAAGCAUUUUAAAUUUUUACAGAUUUUUACAAACUGUUUGUGAAUUUGAUCUUAAGAAAACAAAACAUACUCCUCCUUCUUGUCUUUUCUUUAUUAAACAUUGAGUUUAUUACGGAAAAUAUAAAUGUUUUAUUUUUUAACUCUACUGCUAAUAGUACAAUACUUUCUUUAUAAAGUUUUGUGUAAUAAAUUUCAUAAUGUCUUUUCCAUGCCUUCGUUAAGUUUCAUUUUUUCAUUAUUCAAAAUUCAAUGA